GUUAAUCUGUCAACAUGGCCACGUGCCGACGAGGAGAACGGUCUUCCGUAGAGUGAUAGAACGCGGAUCCGGCCCGUGUCCUUCGGUAUUUAGAUAAAUCCGGAUAAGCCAAGUCGCGGCCAGGAUGGCCAGGUGCAGAGGGCGCGUGGACAGUGUCAGUACGGAGCCACCCCGCGAAUGGGACACAUUUACGCGAUUCUACUAGCCUUGGCAGCCGCCCAAGGACCCACAGCCGCGUUGUCAUCGGACCGAGGAAGCGGCGCAGUCAUGAAGAGUUACCGACCCCGGGGCGGAAUCGCGCGGAUGAUAUACGACAAGCAGAAGGCGGACGAGCGACUUCGCGUCUACGACAAAACCCAGUGGUACAAGGUGGACGAAACGCGGAUACGAGAGGAUCUUCGCAAUCUCUGGGUGCCACUGGGAGUCGGAGCGAACAACGAUGAGCCGGAUGAAGCUGCCAGUGUUUUCCUCGAGAAGUCGGCCGAGAGAUCGGACUCGCUACUCUUGCAAACUUGGCACUCGUUCGCGAAAUCUGCCCUGUCAUGGUUCAUCAGUCGCACCUCGAUCAACGGACUGCUCGGCCGAGGUUCCAUGCACGUGUUCUCGUCAGAUCAGUUCAAGAAGCUAAUGACAGCCAGCAAAUACUCGGGAUCGUGGAACUCGCUCCUUGAUUUGGGAGCCGGCGACGGUGCGACGACUUCCCACAUCGCCCAUCUCUUCGGCAACGUUUAUGCCACAGAGAUAUCGCCACCGAUGAGGUGGACCCUUGCCCGAAGAGGAUUCACGGUGCUGGACGUUGAUAAUUGGCACAAGGAGGUGAGCAGCUUCGACGUGAUUCUCUGCCUGAAUCUACUGGACCGAUGCGACAAGCCGAACACCUUGCUCAGACGUUUGAAAUCAACCUUGUCGCCCGGUGGACGUCUCGUCGUCGCUAUUGUUCUUCCGUUCAGUCCCUACGUCGAAGUGGGCGAAAGAAAUGACCACAAACCGUCCGAGUACUUGCCGAUAAAGGGAAACGGCCUCGAAGGGCAAAUAGCCAGCCUCAUUGACAGAGUAUUCAGCCCCCUUGGGCUCAAGUGUCUGGCGUGGAGCAAACUGCCGUACUUGUGCGAAGGGGACCUAGGACAGGCCUUCUACUUCCUAGACGACGUCGUCUUCGUCCUCGAGGCGGAGGAUCAGCAAGCUUACUGUCCAGCCGAUAAUACGGGGAGUAAAUCUGACAAUGAGACGGCGAAUUAUGUGCAAGAGUUGUAGGACGAUGAGUUAUGGAUUAUAGAAGAGAAAUAUAUAUGUAUAUAUCAGGCGAGUGUUUCACACUUGUAAAAACUUUAAUAUAAUAUAAUGUAAUAUAAUAUAAUUGUUUGUUUGUUAGUUAAUUAUAUACGCAAUCUGCUGGAAUACAGAAGAGCAAUACCGGGCAAGCGACGACAAUUUUUAGUGUGCACACACAGAGCUGUAUAAUGUGUAUAGAAUUCUUGUAUUCAUGUAUAUAUGUACGAAUGUAAUAUAGGCAACGUACGUACGUACGUUAUUUUUACGCAAACGGUUAUAAUAUUGAAUCACGGGUUCACAACAGAGCGGUGCAAUUAGUUUUACAUACUUUAUUUUUAUUAAUGCGUGAGGCUAUCAAAGUCUGGACGUCGAAAGUAAAAUCUCUGUAUCGUAAGUCAAUCCCAAUGCCAAAUGCUUUUUCACACGGAAUGCAAAGCAAUUUUGUUCAAUGUAAUCCGCAAACCUAAUUAAACCGAAAACAAAAACGAGACUAGUUGAGUUUCCUCGUUGUGUACCAAUUAAAUACAUUACUUAACGAACGGAACUUUUUUCCUAGACUUUGAUAGUAAGAAAUUAAUAGUACAGUAUUACAGUGAUAUUUAUUAAAUGUAUGUGGAGUAACUACUUGUAAUAACGCGAUAAAAUCAGCGGACUUAACUAUUAGUACGGUAGCGUAUGAUUAUAAUGUGAAUAACAGUUAAUUGAUAUAAAUACAGUUUCACUGUAUGUAUAUCAGUAUAGGUAAUAUUGCAGCAGCCAAUUAGGUACGAAACGAUAAAAAUAACUUAUGGACCUAUGAUAUACCGUAUGUGUAUAAAACAAGUCUGCAACGAUUUAUACAAUACUUAGAGAAACAGAAAGCAGAGAUUUUAAUUAUACUCACUUACACCCGGUCAAUCCGUAAAUUUAUCAUAUUUAAUUUUGCUAUUUUAUAGCCGAGGCCCACAUUUCUAUUAAUAUAUGUAAUUUCAUUCCAAGAUUUGUUUUUUAAAUUUCUUCUUAUUCUCUCGUUUCUAACUUUCAUAUAUAAAACUAUCUCACAUACAAACACUCAAACAUGCACGCAUACUUUAGACAAAUUGAGAACGCUGUCUUGAUUUUGUUUGAUUCAUUCGUUGAUAUUAAGCAUUGCGUACUUCAAUAAUAAUAAUGAUAAGUGUACGCCGUACAUAAUAACAAAUUAUAUUCACUAUCAAAUUUUGAUAAUAUUACUACGUGACGAUCGCGCACUUUUCGAAUAACAAUUAUUAUUAUUACGCUAUCAUUAAUAUAAUAUUACUUAUGAAGCACUCGUUGAAAACAGUUCUACCUUGAAUUGGAGUUCGAAUAGAGCAGAAUAUUUGUUGGCGAGUGUGUUUUGAAUCCAAAAUGUAAUAUAGUUGAACUAUGAUUAAUUGCACAUGUAUAGAAAAAUCAAAAGGAGUCUUGAAUUUCAUGUGUUUGAAAGCGUCUACAAUCAUACAUCAAUUCGAAAGACCUAAAUGAUUCUGAAAAUAGUAUUACAUUGUCCGAAAUAGCGGAAAUGAAACAAGUUUUUUUUAUUCGUAUGGAGAAAGGCAUAAAAAUAAAUGAACAAAAUUCAUGCCACACGCAAAUACUCAUCAUUUAUGUAAUAGCUAAUCUCGAUCUAGAACAGUUAGACUUGUUCCUUUGUGUUAAUUGUUCACCCUCUUCUUCUCAAAUCAAAAAAUGAGAAUCAUUUUCAACAACGUCAAUAAAUAUAAAUCUCUAGAGUAAAAUAAAUAUUUUUAAAUUUGGUGGGAAAGCAAGGAUAUGUUGAGAAAAACAAAUUUUUGGCUUCGCAAAAAAACUAUAACAGAAAUUGUCAGGCUUUACCUAACGGCCAAAAAAUUUCAGUCUUGUUUAACGGACCAAAUAUACAUAUACUAUAUCCAUAAUAUAGCAAUAUGUUUGUAGAGAGUUAUUCAAAGCUGAUUAUUGUUUACGCAACUAGCUGCGCUAGUCGAGUUCUGAAACACUCUGUACAUUACGUAACUAUACAUAUAUAUAUUAUUAUACAUAGUGUGGAAAUGCAUUGUUAGACGAUACUAGAAAGAAGAAAGAACUAUUUCUGAAAAGGUGUCAAGUUUAUAUCCUUCUCAUGGGACGAGUUUUAGGGAUUGUUUGACGAUACUAGAAAGUAGAAAGAACUAUUUCCGACAAGGUAUUAACCUAAAAUCCAUCUCACGGAGAGAGUUUUAGGCAAAUAUUGCAAUACUUUAUCGCUGGAUAAGAUUAAAAAAGUUUUUCCCUACGGACAAAACAAGCAGAAGUACACUACAGCAUUGAUUGAGAUAAUACAGAACCAGUUCGUAUGGGAAAAAUAUAAUCUAAGAAUUUGAGAUCGCAAAAUACUAUGAGAAAAUUAGAACCAUGAGGAGAGUAUAAUAAUAAUUGUAUGUGAUGGAUGAUUGAAAACGAAGCUGCGUCUUUGGAAUAAAUAAAUAAGCUAUAGGUAUAUAUAUAAAUGUUACAGCGAAACCCUGGAUCACAUAGAUAUAAAAUACACGUACAUACAUAGUAUUGCAUGAACAUAACAUAGUAAGUCAAUUAUAUAUCAUAAAUUUUACAAUUAUAACAAGAGUUUAUUCUAAAGACGCAGAUGUGAUUUUUUUCUGUUUAGUUUAGUUUACUUUUUGCACCAUCUACGUUUAUCACAGACCACGCAUGACUCGUUUUGGCUCCUACCACGUCAACUUCUAAAUGCCAACAACCUUUGAGCAAUCCAUGGGGGGAAAAUCAAUCAGUUUUAGACUCGAUUUAACGGCCUAACUCAUACUCCGUCUGACUAGAACACCGAAAAGACUGUUUGAACCGAAUAAAUACGGCCUAAUCCAACUUA